AUGGAUGUGGUGCUGGAGUGCCGGGGCAGCGUGCUGACGGCGCUGGAAGUGGCUUGCCGAAAGCGGCGCUGCGAGGUGCAGAGCUUGCGGCAGGGGGAAGAAUUUUCAUGGCCAGCGUGGAAUCCCCAGCAGGUGCUGGAGGAGCAUCACCGCAAGAUCAGCGAGGAGCAGAUGCAGGAGUGGCGGGGAGAAGGCGCGCAGCGCCGAGAGAGGGCUCCACGGCCUGAGGGCCCUGUGGGCCGAGCGCCCCUGAUUGACCCUUAUGCGCCGGUGGGUGCCUACCCGUCCUAUCCGGACCUGCCCAGCCCGGAGCCGGAGAGGGAGAGACCUGCCCGGCCGAGCCAGGCGGAGGCUUGGCCAUCAAGGCCUGCCAUGCCGCCUCCAGUGCCAGUGACGCCUGCGGCAGCCGUGCCUCCCAGGCCAGCUGCGCCUCCAUCGAGUCUGCCUUUUGCCCGUCCAUCGCAGCCCGUGCAGCCCGCGCAGCCCACGCAGCCCCCAAGGCAGGCGACGGUGCCUGCGCAGGGCCCACCAGCCAAGCCGGCCAAGCCGGCGGCAAAGCCGGGCGCGGAGACGUGGUCAGAGAAGCAGCAGAGGAUCAAGAGAGAGGAGCGGGAAGCACGACAAGCCGAGAACCUCAGGAGACGCGCGGCAAGGGGUGGACCUGAGAGGCCAGAAGAACGCAGGCCCGAAGAGGAUGGCCGCUUGCAUUCUUCGGUCGACCUCAAGGAUGCUCCGGCCCCUAACCUCAGCCAGGACCCAAGCUCGAAGUCCAACUCUGGCACGAGCAAGGGCGGGGCAGUGCCAAGGGCCGACCCCGAACCGGAGAAGCCCGAGGCGAAGAAGCAGUUCAGGGAGGAGGACUUUGAAGGAGUGCCGCUCCGCGUGCUGCGCACCAAGCAGCCGAAUGGUUCUGGAUUGUUAGCGUGGGGCAAAUAG